AUGUCUGCCGGACAAUCCAGUGUUGGCCACGCCCCCUUCUACGAGGCUGGUGACCAGCGCAACCCUCCCCAGUCGGAGAUCCGCGAGCACGAGCGCUACAAGGAAGGCCAGACACACAGCCACAAGAACCUGGACUCCAAGGACCAGCGUUCCAUUGCCAACAAGCUAAGCGCUCAGGAGAGCAAGCCCAACCCUUCGCACCACCACAACAACGAGUUCAACCCCGAGGCCGAGCUCAGCAAGCAGGACCCAACCAAGCCUGCUAAGAUGCACGGUCACGAGCCGUCCAAGGGCGCGAAGAUCGACGCCGACCUCCAGGCCGAGGACGAGCAGCGCCUGCGUGAGAAGGGCAUUAAGAAAUAA